CUCCCAACUUGCAAGGCUGUACUCGGGGAGGUGGCAACCUCCCACCCACCACCACCCACCCCUCUUUCCCACACGCAUCUCCGCCACUAGCUCCCCCUCUCUGCAAAAGCUUCGGGAUUUGCGAGAGUAGCUUUGGGAUAUUCGCAAGAAGCCUUGGGACUGUCUGGUGUGUUCUAGGAAUUGUCGCAUGACGCCUAGGAUCAUUGCAUGAAACCGAUCAUCGCACGAAGCCUAGGGAUUGUCGCGCGAAGCCUAGCGAUUGUCGCACGAAGCCGCGGAGCAGUCGCACGAAGCCUAGAAAUUGUCGCACUUCUGGAUUCAGCCAGUGUCAGCCUCGCCGCCAUUGCGCUGACCAUCGCUCUUUCCCCACUCGCUCGCGCAAGAUAUUAUCCGCUGCAGUCUAUAACGCUCAGCGCCUGCUGGCCCUGUUGAGCCCCUGCUUAUAACGCGUAUCGCUCAACCGAGACUCGUUUUCGUCCCUUGAGCCAGCUUUUCGCUAGAGCGUUCGCAGGUUCGUUCGAUUCUGCUCACUAGAGCACACAAUUCCCAGUCGGAUCUCACCGGACUUCACCGAGUUCCACCGUUUCGAUCGCACUCUACUACGUGACUCUAUUCCGCCAGUCCGCCCGCAUGGGGAGCGCAGGUCAUGGGGACCAGCCCCGUGCGCCCGCCGUGCCCUCUGCGCCCUCCCCCAUGCUUCUCCCCUCUGCGCCCUCCCCCACUUCCGCCAACGCGAUUGGCCGAUCCCGCUCCCUCACUGGUUCCUCCUCCGCCUCCCUUGUUCCCACCCCUGUGUUUCCCGCCUCCCGCUCCCCCCUCCCCGCCUUCCCGCGCCAAUCCUCCACCUCCGCCGCGGUCUCCCCCUGCCGCAACUUGCGCCCGUCGCUCCCCGCCGCGCGCGGCGGAAGCGGGGGAGCGCGGGGGGAGGACGCCUCCGCGGACGUGUCCCGCGAGUUCCCCAACGGGGACUCGUACUACGGGCACUGGGGGGCCGCGUGGGACGUUCCGCACGGCACGGGGUGCUACGUGUGGGCGGACGGGAGCGUGUACGAGGGGGAGUGGGCGCGCGGGGAGAAGCACGGGCAGGGGCUGUUCGUGUGGCCGUCGGGCGCGCGGUACAAGGGGGAGUGGGCGCGCGGGCAGAUGCAGGGCGUGGGGAGUUACUGGGGCGUGGACGGGUCGUUCUACACGGGUAACUGGGCGGCGGGCGUGAAGCACGGGCUGGGGCGCAAGCUGUACCCUAACGGGGACUAUUACGAGGGAUUCUGGUCAUUUGGCGCGGCGCAGGGGCCCGGGCGGUACGUGUGGGCGAACGGGAACGAGUAUUUCGGCGAGUGGGAGGGCGGCAUGAUGAGCGGGUGCGGCACGUUCACGUGGGCGAGCGGGGAGAGCUACGAGGGCGAGUGGGAGGGCGGCGUGGAGCACGGCGUGGGGGCGUUCAGGUGGCGGGACGGGAGUCGGUAUGAGGGCACGUGGAGCCACGGGCUCAAGGAUGGGAAAGGGGUGUUCUACCCUGCUGGGAGUAGGGGUGGGGGAGGGGAUGUGGGGGAGAAGGUGGGGGGAGAAGAGGAGGUGGAGGGGGAAGGGGGGGAGGAGGAGGGGGUUGAUGAAGGGGAGGGAGGUGAGGAGGAGGAGGAUGAGGAGGGAUGGGGAGUGGAAGGGGAGGAGAGGAGAGGGGAGGGGGGCGGAGAGGAAGGGGCGGGGGGGGGUGUGACUGGUGUGGGAGACAGGGAUGGUGGCAUUGCUGCCAGUGCUAUCAACGGCCACAGUCAUGAUGCGUAUGAUGCACUCACAGCAACAGUUGCCGCGCCAGUGGCAGUGAUCCUGUCUGAUGUAUGCGGGGUUGAAAAGGCCGCCGCAUCUCAGAUACUUCCUGGUAGCUUUUCGAUGCCCAAGCAAGCUCCGGACCUGAUCUCAGGCUCGUUCAAUGCUGGCUCGGUGGGCUCAGCUUCGGCGAGGCUGGUUCGGAGGCAGACCAGCGGCAGUGUGGUGGGCGGUGCAGCAGCAGCAGGAGGGGGAGGCGGAGGGGUGAGGGGCGUGCAGCGGAUGCUGCAGAAGCGGCUGACGGAGGGAACGAGGGCGCUGGAGGUGGCUCUGGGGCCCACAGAGAGCGUCUAUCUGGCCGCUGACGCCGUGCCCGCCAUGCCCCGCCCUGACCCCAGCCCGCACGGCCGGCCCACAGGGGAGAGCAGGAGAGGGGGGAGAGACGAGGGGAGAAGGGAGACAAAUUUGAAGGGAGGGGAUGGUGCAGGGAACCUGGAGGAAAGGGAGGAGAGAAUGGCGAUCGUGAGCGAGAGAAGAUUGGAAGGGCAUGGCAGGAGUGCUGGGAUGGCAGGCGAAGGGAUCAAGGCGGCUGCAGGGGCGAGCAAGGGCAGGGCAGUGAGAGAGGCAGACAUGUGGCGGCCGCUGAUUGGCAGCGAUGCUGAGAGCAGCCAAUGGGGAGCAAGCAGUAGUGCAGCAGUGGUGGUGGAUGGGAGGGAGGCAGGGGGGUGUGAGGGAGGAGAGAAGGAGCUUGGGGGGAGGCAGGUGGGGGGAGUGGGGAAGGUGAAGCGGGGGAGAUGGGCGAAUGGCGCAGAUGGGGGCAGUCACAGUGAUAAAGAUGAGGAGAGCAAUAGUGAUGGCCAUGGUGAUAGUGAUAGUGAUGGGGAUGGGGAUGGUGAUAAUGCAUGUAGAGAAGCUGCAAAUGGGUCCAUGCAUGCAGGAUCCCACCAUCCUCCUGUGUAUCCGCGGUCACAGUCGUCUUCAACGCCAUCGUCUGUACGACCAUGGGGCCGACCCCCUCUCAUUCCUGACCGCUCGCCCCUUGCUGCGCACAACCCUCACCAUGCUGCUCCGCCCUGCGCCCACCUGCCGUCUGAUCGCUCUCACGCACUACCUGACCGCUCUCUCCCUGUCCCCGGCCACCCUCUCUCGCACUUCCGCAAGCCCAGUGACGACUUCUUCGUGGGGCUGUCCUCGGCCAAUGGCAGCAGCACACGUGGCAGCCCUGGCAGCGGGAAGGCCAUGCGGAAGUGCAUGUCGGGGCCGCUGCAGCCUCGGGUGAUGCAAGAGAGGGAGGGGCGGCGGCGCAGAGGACGUGGAUUGAAGGCUGAUGGUGGGGCGUUGCUGGGCGAGGGAAGGGGAGAGGGGCCCGAGGACGAGGGGGAUGGUGAUGGCAGGGUGGAUGCAGUGUCGCGGCCAGUCACAGCGAGCCACGUGUCGGAGGUGGAUAUGGAGGGGCACCAGGACAACUGGAAGGUGUGGCGGGAGGAGGCCCCUGUGGGCUGGAGGCACCACCUGGGGCUGCGCGCCUUCCCUGCUGCGCCCCCUGCUGCCCUCCCUGCUGCUCCCCCUGAUCCUCCUCCUGCUCCUAACGCCAGCUCAGUACCUCCUGCUGCCAGCUCAGUAUCUGCGGCUGCCAGCUCAGCAGCGCCAGCAGCAGCUGCAGCACCAGCAGCACCAGCAGCGGUGGCGGCAGCGGGUGGAGGGGAGGGGGCGCAGUCGCCAUGGGGCAUCACACGCGCGCUCACCAUGGGGCCUGUGCCGGGGCGCAGGCAGCGGUAUGCAGAGGGGGAGGAGGAGGGAGAGGAGUACGGGGUGCAGGAGAGAGGAGGUGAGAAUGGGGAUCUGGAGGAGGAGAGAGGGGAGGAGUUGGAAGGAGAUGAGUGUGGAGAGGAGGAGAGGGUAGCAGGCAGGGAGGGGGUGAGGGGAGGCGAGGGAGCGGCAUGUGAAUUGCACAGUGCAGCCCCCAUGCCGGCACACCCCCUAUCACCAAGUGCACACAUGCGCAGCCAUGCUCUGGGCCAGGAGCAGGAGCAGGGCCAUGCGCGUGCAGGGAGGCCCGUGGGGCAUGGGCGUGGGCGCGGGUACAGCGUGGGGCACUUCCCGGUGCUGGAGGCGGUGCGGGACGCUGCCAUGGUGCGGGAGUACGUGCAGGGCGUGCUGGUCAACCAGGAACCACUCACCACCCACGUCAACCUCCCGCGGUGGCACGUGCCGCGGGGCCGCGAGGGCAAGCGGGCGGGCGAGCUGAUCUACAAGGGCCACCGCAGCUACGACCUCAUGAGGACGCUGCAGCUCGGACUCAGGCACAGCGUGGGGCGCAUCACCCCGGACGCCCUGAGGGAUGUGCAGCAGGCCGACUUCUCCGACUCGUCUGCUGUGCGCUUCCCGCCGGCAGGGUCGCCCACCACGCCGCCGCACUCCAUGCAUGCCUUCAAGUGGCGCGACUACUGCCCCAACGCCUUCAGGGCGCUGCGAGCCAUGUUUGGCAUAGACCCGGGCGACUACAUGCUCUCUCUGUGCGGGGACGACGCGCUGAGGGAGCUGAGCAGCCCGGGCAAGUCGGGCAGCGUCUUCUUCCUCUCGCAGGACGACCGCUUCAUCAUCAAAACCAUGCGCCAUGCCGAGGUGCAGGUGCUUUUACGGAUGCUGCCUGCCUACUACCAGCACGUGCGGCGCCACCCACAUACUCUCCUCACCAAGUUCUUCGGGCUGCACGCCAUCAAGCUCUACCACACUGCCUCCUCGCACACCGCCGCGCUCGUCGCCGCCAAGGCGGGCGGCCGCGAGACGGUCAUCCGCUUCGUGGUGAUGGCCAACCUCUUUGUGUCACCGCUGCGCAUGCACCGCCGCUUCGACCUCAAGGGAUCGUCGCAGGGCCGCAGCACCGACAAAGUGGCGGUGGACGAGACCACGACUCUCAAGGACCUGGACCUGGACCUCGCGUUUCAUCUCCAUGAGGAUUGGAGGCCGCUCUUGUCGCAGCAGAUAGCAUCCGACUGUGCCUUCCUGGAGCGCCAGCGCAUCAUGGACUACAGCCUGCUGCUGGGCGUGCACUUCAAGGCCACCAGCCCGCCGCCCGCCCCCAUCGUCACCAUCGCCGACGCGCAGCUCGACGACCCGCGCUCCGCAUCCCUUCGCCACGACGCGCCCAACCCCACAAUAACACCCUCAGGGAAAGAGCAAGGGCCCGCUGACCCAUCACUUGAAGAGGACGGGCAAAGGAAGGCGAGAGAUGGGGAGGAAGGCGGCGUGGAGAGGGAUGGCCCAGGAGAGGUGGGAGAGGCGCAGCAGGCCCAGCCACCAGGGACUGACACAACUGCCUCAAGGAGGCUCAAUGCCCCGCCCCCCUUGCACCAGCUGCGGCAGCGGCUCUUCCGCCCGUGGCAGCGCAUUCUCUCUGACUCGCCCUCUCCCUUGCAGCGGUCGCUGGGGGAGGGGGCUCAAGUGGGCAGCACAUCCUCUCACACCUCCCCGUCCCACGUCUCCCCCUCUCAUUCCUCCCCCUCUCACUCCUCCCCCUCACACGCCUCUCCAUCCCACUUCUCUCCAUCUCACGCGGGGGCAUCAGCAGCUGCGACAACUGCCAAUGCUGGUGUGGCUGCCUUGCCUGGCGCUGCACGGCACUUCUUCCCGCGCUCCUUCACCACUAGCAGUGACAGCAGUAGCCCUCUUCACUUCCUCGCGCCCUCUCUCCCGCAUUCCAACUCCAUCACCACUGAUGGGAGCAGCAUAGAGGAAGUGAGCGGGGAGGCUAGUAGCUGCGAGGUGGGAGAGGUGGAGGGGAGAGCGGGAGGAGGAGAGGAGAAGUUGGGCCAAGGUGAUGAGGGGGGUAGCAGCGACAGCCACAAUAAGAACAGCAACAGCAAAAGCGGCAGUUGCAUCAGCAGCAACAGCAGAUGCAGCACCCAUGACAGCAAGGGCAGCAGCAGCAAUGCUCGUCGCCAUCCAACGCCCCCCCGCAUCCCACCAUUGGCCCGCCCUCCCCCUCACUCUCCCGCCUCUUACCCUCCCCCUGCCUCUACCACUCUGCCGCGCUCUUCCUCCCCGUCUCCUUCUGCCUCCCCUCCCACAACCGCCACGUCUAGAAAUGCAAGAGGCGCUGAGAAGGCAAGGCAGGGGAGAGAUGGGGAGCAUGGGGGGACAUCACAAGCAGCAGAGGCCAGCAUGGGUGGGGAAUCCAGGGCGGCAGCUGUGGUGGGAGCAGCUACAGCUGGCGGAUGGACAGGUGAAAGGGGAGCUGAAUCAGCAGCAGGCGGAGGAGCAGCAGGAGGAGGGGGGGAAGGAGGAGGAUCAGGAGAAGGAGGGAGAGGAGCAAGGGGGGGGGAACGAGGAGGGAGGAAGGGACGGGGGGUGGUGGGGCAGCUGUUGGGGCAGGGCAUGGCGGCCACCGCCGUGCGAGUGGACCGGCGGACGCGGCGGGCCAUUGAGGACCCGCUGCUGGGGGAGGCGUAUGAGGUGGUGCUCUACUUCGGCAUCAUCGACAUCCUGCAGGAGUACGACGUGACGAAGAAGGUGGAGCACCUGUACAAGAGCCUGCAGUACGACGGCCACUCCAUCUCCGCCGUGAACCCGUCGCUCUACGCGCGCCGCUUCCGCUCCUUCAUCUACGCCACCUUCCCCGACCCCCUCACUCCGCACAAACCCGCACCUAACGCUCCUGACGAUGAUGCUGAUGGUAACGGUACCGAUGAUGGCGAUGGUGCUGGUGGUGAUGGUGCUGCUGAUGGGGAUGAUGGUAGUGAUGGUGGUGAUGAUGACGAUUUUCUUCUGCCCUCGCCCCCUGGGGGUGUUCGGACGUCUUGCAGCAUUCUCCGUCUGUCGCACUUCUAGCGGUUGGAAUGAGGUACUACUGUGC